UGAAAUUUCCUAUAUGCUAAAGAAAAAUAAAAGCAAGAACAGUUUCAAGUUUCAAGCAUCUGUCACAAGUCAUACAGUUUGGCAUUUGGUUUUCUUUCAUUUUUGUUGUCUUUUUGUUGUUGUUUUCUUUUAACAAAAUGUUUGAUGCACUUAAUUCUUCAAUGUUAUUUUUCAAGUGCACCACCCAGUUGAGAAAUGAGUUGUGUGAAAGUCCCUCUCUGUUAGCUUCCUGGGCUGCUGAAAUCAGCUCUAAAGUAGAAGCAUCAACUACUAAAAUCAGAUCCUUAGAUGUACUCAGGGAGGAAGCAUGCUAGUUACGGUUUCAGGUCUUAGCAGUAUGAUCCUCGUAAAUAAGAGAAGAGCGAUGGAACUCUUCCCAGAAAGUGUGACAAAACUUUGGAAUGAAUGGGAACUCCGCGCAUUGGUUUUAUUGAGCCUUUUCUUACAAAUUGUGCUCAUACUCUUGGGUAACAGGAGGAAAUAUAUAGCUAGUAACUGGGUCAGAAUCAUCAUUUGGCUGGCUUAUUUAGCUGCAGAUUGGAUUGCAGCAGUCUGUAUUGGCGUCCUGUCCAAUGAGAAUGGAGAUGACAACUUAUCACAACCAAACAGUUUGAUAUGGGCAUUUUGGGCACCAUUUCUGCUGCUGCACCUUGGCGGCCCGGAUACCAUUACAGCCUAUUCAUUGGAGGAUAAUGAAUUAUGGUUAAGACACUUUCUUGCACUAGUCAUCCAGUUUGGAGGGACAUUUUACAUUUUUCUUAGGUCCUGGAAGGCCAAACUGCUUAAUAUUCUGGCCAUUCCAAUUUUUGUGGCUGGACUCAUCAAGUAUGGGGAAAGGACCUGGGUUCUAAGGUCUGCAAGCAGUGAGCAAUUCAGAGAUGCCCUGCUACCUCGUCCUGAUCCAGGGCCUAAUUAUCCCAAAUUCAUGGAUGAGUACACUUCAGGAAAAGCCGAGGGAUAUCAAGUUUCAAUACAACAACGAGGUAAAACUUCUAGGACAGUGCAUUCUCCUCCAGAAGGAGACAUUUUGCGACAGGCUUAUUACUUCUUCGAAACUUUCAAGGGUUUGUUUGCAGAUAUCAUUCUUAGCUCCCAGAGGCGCAAAAGGAGCCAGUCUUUCUUCCAGGGGAAACAUAAACAACAAGCUUGGGAAGAAGUGCCUUUGGAAGUGGCUUUGAAAGUGGCUUUUGAAGUGGUUGAGAUUGAGCUUGGAUUCAUGUACGAUGUUCUCUACACAAAGGCAACUGUGACUUGCUCUAGAUGGGGCAGCCUCCUCCGCUCGAUUAGUUUGAGUUUCACCAUUUCUGCAUUCAUAGCCUUCUUGACCAUUGACAGGCAAGAGUACUCGACUAUUGAUGUUAUUAUAACGUACUUGUUGCUGGUUGGAGCUAUUGUUUUAGAGAUCUAUGCCAUUCUUGUACUGCUUUUCUCAGAUUGGACUAAGCGGUGGUCAAGUAAAAACAAAAACAAAAACACAGCGUGCAACUGA